AUGUCUAAUCGUAUCGAUUCUACUGAUUCACUGAGACAUUCUAGUGGUCGUAAAUCAACUAGUUCAUCUAAUAGUUUAAAUCAAUCAAUGACUAGUAUCAGUGUUUGGAUAUUACGAAUUGUACUUUUCAUUAUAUUAUUAUUAUUUAUAAUGCCUAUAGCAUUACUUUUGACACCAUGGUGGAUAUCAAUGCAACCAUUUGAAAGAGCAUGUCCAAAUAUGAUGAACGGUUAUUAUCGUUUUGUAACAUGGCCAUUAAAAAUAAGUAAAAAUAUUCGAUUUUAUCGAACAAGUGAUCAAUUUCUUCAACAAUUAAAAUAUUAA